CAAAUUUACGCCUUACAGAUCACAAGAACUGUCUUUUUAAAGCCACCCUCCUCCCACCCGAUUCCCAAGUGAGACAUUCGGAAAGCUGAACCAUGCCGUCGAAAGUCAGAGUGGAAUAUGAUGGUGGAGUUUAUAGGAAGACAAAAGUACCUAAACGCUCUCAAAGGUUGGUGUCGUCAAGGUCAUUCCGAUCGUACGAGGACAUACGGUAUAUCGAGAGACCACCGCCAGGACGAGACAAUAUGGCGUCCCUGUAUAACGGCCGGCGCUGGGACGACAGGAACGGCGGAGACUGGAUGACCGCAGGCCUGCCGGACACCAGGAGGAUCGUGGAGCUGGACGACGAUAGGCAAUCCACCAGGAGCACUGACCGCCCGAGAGGUCCAGUUUACUCCUUCAGCACCCCGCACUACCCUGCCAGCCAUGACUCGGAGUCGUUGUACAGUCAGCCCAAGACGCGAUAUGUCCAGCCGACAGCUUCAGCUUACGCUGCCAAGGAUGACAGGAGCCUGGUCACAUUCAAUGGUCUCCCCACCACCAUUCUGAAGGCGAAGGUGAUGUACCCUAACCAGGCGUUCGCACAGGGGGAGGGGAUCGGGAACGUGCCGGUGGGGAAGGAGGCUCAGUUCACUGUGGACACCACCAGGGCAGGGGAUGCCGGGAUAGACGUCGACAUCCGGGGCCCGAGCGGAAGAAAUGUGCCAUGUCAGGUGACCGGAGAUGGCGUGUUCAGGUGCAGGUACACUCCGACAGAAGUGGGAGCCCAUCAAGUCGGCGUGAAGUUUGCGAAUGAGCACAUCCACGGCAGCCCUUACCAGGCUAACGUGUACGACUCAGGACACGUCAAGGUGAAGGCGCCUGAGGUGGUGCAACUGGAAGACGAGGCCACAGUAAAGGGGAGCCCAUACAAAGUGAAGGUGUCUAACCUACAGAACGUGUUUGCCUCCGGCGAGGGUCUCGGGCGCAUCCCAGUGGACAGACCAGCCAGUUUUACCGUGGACGCCACCAGAGCCGGGGACCCCAACCUCGGCGUGACAGCCAAAGUGCUCAGCCCAAGCUAUCUGGACGUGCCUUGUAACGUGAACACGAACGGUUCCGGACUGUACAGCUGCGAGUAUCUUCCGCGGGAGGUCGGGGACUACAGCAUCAACGUGAACUACGGCACCUCCGCCAUCAACGGCAGCCCCUUCACCAGCCACGCUUAUCACACACACGCAGUCAAGGUGCACAACGUGCCGGACUCCGUCAUGGUGGACAGGGAAGUCAACUUUACUGUGAACGCCCAGGCAGCCGGGGCCGGUGACGUCGAACCGGAAGUGACAUGCAUGGGGCACCGCGUCCACACGAACAUGGCGGAGAACCCCCGAGGGAGCCGCAACUACAACGUCUCCUUCGUGCCCAAGAUGUGCAAGACGCACGACGUCAACGUCAGGUUUAACGGAUACGUCGUUCCUGGGAGCCCCUACCGUGUAAAAGUGACAGACGUGUCCCAAGUGUCCGUCUCCGGACACGGGCUGAACUACGUCCCCGUGGGGAAGACUGCGGUCUUCAGCGUGGACGCCACGCACGCCGGCGAACCGGACAGUCGUCUGCACGUCACAGCACUAGGACCAGACCUACGCGAGGUUCCUGUUCAGGUUUCUGGAUCGGGCGCCUACACCUGUGAAUAUGUGCCCAACUUAGUGGGCAACCACACUAUUUCCGUGACGUACGGAGCGGAGCAGGUGAGGGGCAGUCCCUUCACUGCGCGUGCGUACGACCUGACGAGGGUAAAGGUCAGCGACAUCGGGAUAGGAGAAGUCGGCAAACCCAUGGGCUUCCAGAUCGACGCAAGUGAUGCCGGGAAGGGCACCCUCCGGUCAGAGGUCAGCUGCCAGGGUCGGCAGAUCUACAGCGACAUGAAGGAGUCGCCACGUGACAGUGGCAGGUAUGACGUCAACUUCACGCCCAAGGUCCCCGAACGUCAUGACGUCAUGGUCUACUUCAACAACGAGAUUGUUCCAGGUUGUCCCUUGCUUGCGGACGUGAGGCCGGAGCGGUCCCCCAUUGCGAGCGGGAACGGUCUGCGGGAGGGGUUGGAGGGACGGGCCUGCGACUUUACUGUGGACACGGCAGGCUGCAAGAAGGACAAGAUUGACGUGCAAGUCUUUGGCCCGAAUGCUGAGUGUAACAACGUGAGUGUGGUGCAGCACGCGGACAGGGUGGAGUGUUCCUACGUGCCGAGGGAGUCAGGUGUGCACGUGGUGGACAUCACUCAUGGCGGCAAGGAAAUUCCUGGGAGCCCCUUCCAACCAGUGAUCGUCAACCCUCACCGCGUGUCUGUGAUUGGUGGAAUGGACAGUAUCCUGGCAGCCAAUGGGCGGCUCCCCCUGGUGGUGAGCGAGAGGUGCACGAUUCCGCUGACGGCCAGUCAGGCGGGUCCGGGGAGGAUGACGUCACGCGUCAGGAGCGCGUCACGUGAACUCCCCGUGGACGUGGACGUGAAGCCUGAUGGGAAGCAUUACGUCAGCUUUGUACCAGAAGAAGAAGGUGAGCACAACAUAGACAUCAAGUGGAACGACCACCACAUCAACAGGUCCCCCCUACAGGGCGACGCCGACCAGUACGCAGUGGACGCGCGAAGGGUGGAGCUCAGCGGGCCGGGCCUGGGUCCGGAGGUGAAGGGGAGCGUUCCACAGGAGUUCCUUAUCGACGGCAGUAGGGCGGGACGAGGUUCUCCACAUGUUACCAUGAAUGGUCCACAGCCAGUAGAUGUGUCAUUAGAACCCAUUCUUGGCAAGAAGAACGUCUACAAGGCCAAGUACGAGGCAACAGAGCCAGGAGAGUACCAGAUGAACUGCCUGUGGUCUCAUAAGGAAGUUCCUGGCUCCCCGUACGACAUCCAGGUGUACGACAGCAGGAGAGUGACGUAUGCAGGGCCUGACGCGGGGAACCUUGGGAAGACUGUCAAGGGCAUCAUCGACCCAAGGAGGGCGGGCAAACAAGGCAACAUGAAGGUGCGCUGCUCCGGCCCGUCGAAGCGCGCUGACGUCAGCCUGGCGGAGAACGGGGACGGGACCAUCGGGGUGGAGAUCCUUCCUCACGAGGCGGGCCCGCACAACUUGGAGAUACGCUGUAAUGAUGAACCUAUUGCAGGCUCUCCGUUCACCAUUGACAUAGAGGACCAGCCCGACGCCAGUAAGGUGCGAGUGUUCGGCCCGGGACUGCAGAGCGGGCAGCUGGAGGGGUUCAAGGGUAACUUCCUGGUGGACGGAAGCGAGGCCGGGCCAGGGGAGCUGAAAAUCAGAGUCUACGGACCUUCCAGAGAUUCCUUCAGGUUGGAAUCUAAAGUGUUGAACGAAGAAGACAGGAAGGUGGCCAUGUCCUUCAUUCCCAAAGAAGAGGGGAGGUACGAGAUCGCCGUUAACUGGUCAGGCGAGCACGUUCCGGGCAGCCCGUUCCCGGUCAUCGUACACGGCCGGCAGGAUGCCAUGGUCAUGGACCCGCAGGACAACGUGAACUCCGCCCCGCCCAUGGUCGAACCUCCUCCGUUACCUGCUCUACCGCCUCCGCGGGACUACGAGUACAUGCCUCCCGCAGCCCGAGACUUCGACGACCCGGUGUACCGGCCCCCGGCUCCCCCCAUCCGCCGGGAACCCUCCUACGAGCCCCGCAGACCGGUAAACGGCUACUACAUCGACCCGUACAACAGAUACCCGGAGGACUACCAGCGCCCAGCCUACUCCAACCCCGUGUACGAUCGCUACUACGAUCCCUACGACAAGUUCCCGCCAAGGGACUACCUGGAACCGCGCAAGGACCAGUACUACUACCAUCCGCGGUACGAGGGGUACGAGCCGGCCGGCCGGUACUAUCCGCUGCACGCCAGGUCUGACUUGGACGACAUCGACAAACGGUCGGACUUUUACAUUCCCACAGAUGCUCGUGAGGGCAGGAAGGCCAGAAAACUGCCAGCGAUAACAUACUAGAAAUUGCGCAUUUUGUAGUAGAUAUUUUAGAUGAUAUACAGUCAAAACUGCCCCCAAAAGAUCACUCAUGAGACCGUAAGAUCCAGCCUAUGUGGACAGGUGGUCACUAUAGGUUUCUUUUGAGAUUUAAAAAUGUCUGUGUCAAUUGGAAUAGUUAUCAAAAGGAACACCAAGAAGUGGUAUCAUCGGCAAGGUGGUCCUCAUGUAGAGGCAGUAACUUGUACAGGUUUGAUUGUAUCACAUAACCAAGAGAAAUAGUAUGUCAUCACUGGGAACUUAAUGACCUCCGUAACUAAUUUGGAUAUAAGACCACUGCCUUUAGUUAUUUUUCGUCUGCAUGAUACCACCGAUGAUGCUGUUUUAAGACAGGGCCGCGAAAGUAACGUGGCUAAAACAGUAGAAAAUGGGAACAAAAAGACAAGAGGUGCAGCUUCCUUAAUCUACAGAUUCCUUUGGGAGAAGCUGGCGUGUUAUCAAGCAGAGACUU